AUGUAUCCCAGAGCACAGCGAAUUUUGGCAUCAACAAUAAGACCCUCUUCUACGAAAUCGACCGAUGAUGACGCACCUCUAGAAAUGGCGAAUCCAUAUAAAAAGGAGAGGCGACAAUGCAUCCUCUGCAAACUUAAAAUAACCCCAGAUUACAAAAAUUCUAGGUUGCUGUCCCAAUUCCAGAGUCCAUAUACCGGAAGAAUAUAUGGCAGGCAUAUAACGGGCCUUUGCAAAACCAAACAAGAACUGGUUGAAGCAGAAAUAACGAAAGCCCAGAACUGUGCCUAUAUGCCCUAUUACUAUAAAGACAAACAUUUCCUUAGAGACCCAAAGUUGUUCGACCCCGAAAAUCCAAUUCGAUCCCAUCGUUUU